UUCUGACAACAUAAGCCGCUCGCCCUCAGAUGCUGCCACUGAGGUGGGCACUGUUACCCAGGCAUUCUGCUCGGCGCUCCAGGAGGAGCUGUCUGAUUAUUAUAAGCUGCUGGCUGUUCUGGAAUCGUACUCAUUGAAUCCAAUUCCCACACCUGGAUCUGAUUCAGGUGUGUCCAGUAAUUACCUCUCACUGCGCCGUCUUGCAGUGUGGCUUGCUGAGCCUGCAGUGAGAAUGCGCCUAAUGGCUGUUCUGGUUGAUGGAUGCCGGGGACUGAGGGGUGGUGCUAUGGCUGGUGUGAUCCAUGGGCACGCACAACACGGAGAUCCUAUGUUUCAGGAGUUUAUGGGCCGAUUACUGCGCCGGGUGUGCUCGCCGUUGUUUGAGAUGGUCAGGAGCUGGGUGCUAGAAGGGGAAUUGGAGGAUGUAUUUGCAGAGUUUUUUAUCGUUGGGCAGCCAGUGAAAGCAGAAUCUUUGUGGCGGGAGGGCUACCUUAUUCAAUCUGAUAUGCUUCCAGCUUUCAUAUCUCCAGUGCUCGCAAAACGGAUUCUUAGAACUGGCAAGUCAAUCAACUUUCUUAGAGUAUGCUGUGACGAUAGUGGCUGGGCUGAUGCUGCUGCCGAGGCUGCUGCAUAUGUUGGCACUACAACAUCUCGGGGUGGCCUUGGUUAUGGGGAGACUGAUGCUUUGGAGGCAUUGGUGGUUGAGGCAGCCAAGAGGAUUGAUCGACAUUUGAUGGAUGUCAUUCAUAAGCGGUACCGAUUUAAGGACCACUGCCUUGCUAUUAAGCGUUACUUGCUUCUUGGGCAGGGUGAUUUUGUCCAGUAUCUUAUGGACGUUGUUGGCCCCGAGUUAUCAGAGCCAGCAAAUAGGAUUAGCUCCUUCCAAUUGGCUGGCUUGCUUGAGACUGCAAUCCGAGCAUCCAAUGCACAAUAUGAUGACUGUGAUAUCUUGGACCGGAUAAAGGUAAAGAUGAUGGAUCAUGGGGAUGGUGAUCGUGGCUGGGAUGUCUUCUCUUUGGAGUAUGAUGCUAGGGUCCCCCUGGACACUGUGUUCACAGCUUCAGUUAUGAAGAUGUAUCUCAAGGUUUUCAACUUCUUGUGGAAGCUCAAACGCGUAGAUCACUCCCUUACCGGAGUGUGGAAGACUAUGAAACCUAACUGCAUUGUUUCUUCUCCAUUUUACAAGGAAGGAACAAGCAUCAGAGCUCAAUUUGUAUCAGUUCUUCGUAAAUGUCAAGUUCUAUUCAAUGAGAUGAAUCACUUUGUGACCAAUUUCCAAUACUACAUUAUGUUUGAGGUCCUGGAGGUUUCGUGGGCCCGUUUUUCUGAUGAAAUGGAUGCAGCAAAGGAUUUAGAUGACCUUCUCUUAGCACACGAUAAAUAUCUCAACUCGAUACUGGAGAAGGCCCUGCUUGGUGAACAUUCCCAAGGACUUUUGAGGAAUCUGUUUGAACUGUUUGACAUUAUUUUACAGUUUCGAAGCCAUGCUGAUCGAUGGUUUGAAAGGAUAUAUGAGUUGCAGCUAAGGGGAAAGGGUAAAUCAAAAUCAAAGGAUACAGGUUCAUGGUUUGAUGGCGGCAGAAAAGCUAUGAUCCAACUAGCUGGAGAACUUUUCUGGAAAAUGGGUGAAGACCUGGAUAGCAUCGCAAAGGAUUAUACAGCUUCUCUUGAUGCUUUUAUUACGCAGCUGCCCAUGCAACAGCACGUCGAUUUGAAGUUCCUUCUCUUCCGCCUUGACUUCACUGAAUAUUACAGUCGUGUUUCCUCCAACAAAUGAAUGUGAGCCGCUUAUGUGAAAAACUAGGAGUUAGAUUGAUCGUUUGGUUGGGACUUGGAAAGCAUUAUUUUUAUACCAUAUCCCAUUAAUUGAUCUUGGUCGCUUGAUUGGCAAUGGUCACUUCCAUUUUCCUUGCACCUCCUGUAGAAGAGGAUCUGAAUACCCUUUUACUGAGGAUUGCCAAUGCUACAAUCUGGUGAUUCUGUCAGCUGUUUGCAUGCUGAUGCUUAUGUGCCGAUUCAACGAGGCUAAAGCCACGCAUUUCAUGC